AUGACUCCGAGUCUCACAGACUCAUAUCUUGUAAAAGAAAGCGUAAUCGAAAAUCAUGCAGAAUCAAUCCUUCAAGUUAUAACCAUUACAAGUUUUAAUCACACCAUUCUCAAGCAAUUAUACUUCAUAAUGUUUUCUAGUAUUCUUCCUGGCCAGCAGCCUUCAAAAUCCUGCGAUGCCUGUUUCUACAAUUCUAUAUAUUGCAAUGGCCCUGCGAACCUUACUGGCUGUGAAAUAUGCGUUCACCAAGGAAUACUUUGCAUCACAAAUGGGUUAUUUCAGGCGAUACCAGCGGUUAAAGAUAACAAUACUACUACUGUUGGAGAUGGCAGUACCAGCAAUUACACCGGUAGAAGAUUUCACAGUCCCACUUUCCUUCGAGAUAUAGAAAAGCUUCAAAACGAUUUAGUCAACCGUCAAUACAACGGCCGAAGAACCCACUUUUUGAUCAACGCAGUGAUAAACAAUUUUCUAGACGUCUCUAUGGAUGUCAUCAGUUCGCCAGAACUUCAUGCAUUCUUGAUUGCUUACUUUCGUCGUACGAUUGUCCUUUUGCAAUUGAACAUCAACCAUGACGUAUGGCGUGUUGCAAAGUAUCAUCGACCGACAAACCGAGAACUGAACAAACUGUCGGCCCUCAUCCGAUCCAUCGGACUCUCAGCUAUGAGGUUCGAAGUAAAUUGGCUAAACAAGCGAAUUCCCAUCCUUGAAAUGGGAUCUCAGAUGCCACAGAGACGGGCGUGA